CAGCCUAUCCUCAAAAAGAACAUGACCACUGAAGGAAAAGAGAGGAAACAGAGAAUCCUGGAAAAUCUAUUCCAUCUGAGCACCAAGACAUUUUUGAUCAUGCAGUUCUACACAGCAGUGCUGGGACAACUGAAGAAGUAUGUUGUCAUGUUCCGGUCAAAGGACACCACAGUAGACAAGCUGCAUGACGAGCAGAAACAGUUGGUAACAAGGUUCCUCUCAAAUUUCAUCAAAUCAGAGGUUCUGAAGGGAAUCACACCAAAGAAGCUGGUCAACUUUGCAGUGUCAGACCCUGCCAAACCACUUGCCACGGAAAGAUAUUUUUGUUGGAUGGAAAACAAGAGGAGUUUUGUCAAAGUAUGGCAGUGA